ACCGACACUGCCAAAUCCCGACAGAGCCCGACACCGCAGGGAUCGGAGCGGGCAGAGCCGCUGCCGGCUGCGACAACAGCAGGACACACCGACACCGACAGACACCGGCACCGACACCGCCGCCCCUUUGUCACCAGGAUGCUCUCGAAGUCGCAGCCGAGCCCGGAGCGGGUGCCCAGCCCGGAGGAGCAGGAGUGGGCAGGGCCCGAGGCGCUGUGCCCGGGCUGGCUGGAGGACGAGGCCCCCGAUGGCGAAGUGCCCGGGGACAGCGGGGACCCCGACUGUGCCACCCACGCCUACGAGCGGCUCCAGAGCGCCCUGUGCCAGGAGGGGCUUCCCCCCACGCUGGACUGCUCCGGGGAGCCCCGCACGGGAUUUGGCCCGCUGGACAUGACCGUUUGCAUCCUGGGCUCCCCCACCCCCUUCCUGCCUGUCCUGCUGGAGGGUGGCACCCGCUGCCCAGGUGCCAUGGUGCUGUGCCUGUCCCCCACCUGGGCCAGCCGGGUGCCAUCGGAGACGUCUCCAGGCGCCUGGUCCCUGCUGCUCUCUCGGGGGGUCUCCUUCAGGGUGGGGGGGCACAGCGCCCUGGAGACCUUCGUGCCCCCCCGCCGCGCCAACUACGUGACGGGCACCUUCUCGCCGGGGGACCCCGAGAGUGGCUGGGUGGGCGAGCUGGCCCGUGACCUCGACUGCCCCACGGGGGGCUCGGUCCCGCUCGCCCACCGGCUCGAGGACACGCUGGUCACCCGCUGGGUGCUGGCGGCUCAUGCCAAGCUGCCUGUGCCCCCCACCCUGGCCUUUGUCCUGGGGACCAGGGGAGACCUGCCCGCCGAGCCCGUGGCCCCCGGGGUGAGGCUGGUGCGGCUGGAGGACCCCCAGGGCCAACAGAGCCUGGUGCAGGAGGAGGUGGGAGCCUUCCUGGGGGGCACCGCCAUGGAGCCCUACGGCCAGGUGGUGGUGCGGCCGGCGGGGUGGCGGUGGUGGGGGACAGGCACCCGCAGCACCCACAGGAAGGAGGAGGGGGCGGCGGUGGCGCAGGCGGUGGGUGCCCGGCUCCGGGGGCUGACGGAGGAGGACAGCGUCCUGCUGGAGGCCAUGGUGCCCACCGCCCGCCUGCCCGCGCCCCCCCCACGCAGCCCAGCCCCGCGGCUGCCCAUGGCCCUGCGCAUCUGCACCCUCGUCUGCAGGUCCUGGGGGGACCGGCCCCAGCUCUGCCAGGUGGCCUGUGCCAUGGGACGCGCGGAGAGUCCGGUGCGUCACGGCGCGGCGCUGCCCCUGGGCCUGGACUCCAGCUUGCAGCAGUGGGGGGUGGUGGCCCCCAGCCAGCGACAGGCGUUGGCCACGCGGCUGCGGGAGGCCACCGAGGCUGCCAUGGCUGCCCUCCUGGCCACCGAGGCCGACCUGAGCCCGCAGCAGCGCGGUGGCACUCGUGCCCGCACCGACAUCCUGGGCGUGGAUUUCCUGCUGGCGUGCGUGGAUGAAUCGCUGGAGCUGGUGGCCCUGGCCACCAACAGCCAGCGGUGCCUGGAGACCUGCGCGCUGGCCGAGGCCAUGGGGCGCGGCGUGGGCGAGCCCCGCGGGGACCUUCCGCGGCUGCUGGCCGAGGCCAUGCUGCACCGGGCUCAGUGUCACCUGGUCGAGGGCAAGGACAUCCUGCUCAUCGGGGCCGGGGGCGUCAGCAAGAGCUUCGUGUGGGAGGCGGCCCGCGACUACGGGCUGAGGAUCCACCUGGUGGAGUCGGACCCGGAGCACUUCGCGGCGGGGCUGGUGCAGACCUUCCUGCCCUACGACAGCCGGGAGCACCGGCGGGACGAGGAGCACGCGGAGCGGGUGCUGGAGCUGCUGCGCUCCCGGGGGCUGAGGCCCCACGCCUGCCUCUCCUACUGGGACGACUGCGUGGUGCUGGCGGCCCUGGUGUGCCAGGGGCUGGGGCUCCGCGGCCCCGCGCCCGCCGCCGUGCGGGUGGCCAAGCAGAAGAGCCGCACUCAUCGGCAUCUGCAGCGCUGCCGCCGCGGCCGCCCGCCUCCCGCCGCCUUCGCCGUGCCCUGCCGCCGCCUGCAGAGCCACGGCGACGUGGAGCGGGCGGCGAGCGCCAUGCCCUUCCCCGCCGUGGCCAAGCUGGAGUUCGGAGCGGGCGCCGUGGGCGUGCGUCUGGUGGAGAACGCCGUGCAGUGCCACGCUCACGCCGCCCGGCUCUGGAGGGACCUGCGCGACGACGCCGACCACCCGGGCAUCGGGCUGGGCUGGGGCAACGCCAUGCUGCUCAUGGAGUACGUGCCGGGCACCGAGCACGACGUGGACCUGGUGGUCUUCGAGGGGCGGCUGCUGGGUGCCUGGGUGUCGGACAACGGCCCCACGCGUGUCCCCGCCUUCCUGGAGACGGCGGCCUGCCUGCCCUCCUGCCUGCCCGCCGACCGGCAGGCGCAGCUGGUGCGGGCGGCGCUGGAAUGCUGCCGGGCGUGCGGGCUGCGCGACGGCGUCUUCAACGUGGAGCUCAAGCUGGGGCCGGCGGGGCCGCGCCUGCUGGAGAUCAACCCCCGCAUGGGGGGCUUCUACCUGCGCGACUGGAUCCGCGAGGUCUACGGCCCCGACCUGCUGCUGGCCGCCGUGCUGGUGGCGCUGGGCGUGCCGCCGGUGCUGCCCGCUCGCCCCGCGGCCCGCACGCACCUGGCCGGGGUGAUGUGCCUGGGAUCGGAGCACGGCGAGAUCCUGGCGGGCGGCGGGGGCAUGGAGGCUCUGCGGGAGCUGCACGGCCGCGGGCUCGUCCGCCUCAACCGGCUCUUCGAGGAGCCCGAGGGGGCCGGGGAGUACGAGGAGCCGCUGCUGAGCGUGGCGUGCUCUGGGGCCACGCUGGCCGAGGCUUGCGAGCGCCUGCUGGGGCUCUGCCAGGGGCUGGGCAUCGACUCCCCGCGAUAUCCCGUGGAGCACUUCUUGUCCCACUUCAAAUAGCGCCGGGCAGGCAGCGGGGAGAGCGGGGGAAUGGGUGCCCCGGCACCCCCUCCCGCCGCCCCGCCGCCCCUCCCCGGCAUCCCCCUGCCGCCCCGUCCCGCUAUCCCCCCAUCCCGUGGCCUGGUACACCAUGUCCUGGGACCCCGGUACCGCUCUGGAUCCCAGUCACUUGCCCUGCCCCGCGACUGCCUGGCAUUCCCUUUCAUCCUGGCCUCCCAUCCCCUGGCAUCCUGACAUCCCAUCCGCUGGGAUCUUCCUAUUAACCUGGCACUCCAUCCCCUGGCAUCCUGAAACCCUUUCUCCUGGCACCCCCCCACUACUCUGACACCCCAAUCCCUGGCAUCUCCCAUGUCCUGGAAUCAUAUUCCCUGGCAUCCCCUUCCGUCCUCGCACUUCACCUUUCCAUCACACUGACACCCUAAGAUUCCCCCUCUCCCAGUCCAGGCACCCCACCAUCCCCCCUGGCAUCCCUCCAUUACCCCAGCACCCCAUCCCUCUGCCCUAGCACCCCAUUCCCUGCUUCCCAACAUUCCACCCUUUCUCCCCUGCCCCUCCCUGUCCCCUCUGCCCUGUCCCUACAGUCUCCAUCCUCAGUGCCCCCUGUCCCUGAAGCUGGGGGUCCCAUGCCUGGGGCAUACAGGAGGACACUGACCCCUGCUGAACCUGUGCCAAGCUCGGGGGACACAACCAGGACCCGCCCCCAGGCACCCAGGCCACCCCAUGAGAGCAGCAGGUGAAGCUUGAGGUGUGUUGGCACCUGCUGGAAUGGGGAGACCCUACAAUAACACACCAUUAUGGGGAGACCUCAUAAUGACAAAGAAUUAGUGGGACAUCCCAUAAUAACAAAGAAACGUGGGGAGACCCCACAAUAACACACCAGCAAGGGGAGACCCCACAGUAACAGACUGAAGGGGGGAGACCCCACAAUAACAAACUGGCUUGGGGAGAAGCCACAGUAACCAACCUUGUGUGGGGACAUACCUUGAAUGGGAGACCCCGCGGUAACAAACUGGCAUGGGGAGACCCUACAAUAAUAGACCUGCACAGGGAGACCCUAUAAUAACAAAGGGGUACCCAGGGAUUCCCUGGAGCAGCUCAGAAAAAUCCUUUGGGAAGAGACUUGUCUGGGAAACCCAUGUGAUAUAGGACUGUCACUGGGGUGGCCCUACAGGAACACCAGUGACUCUACACUAACGCCCAGCCCCUGUAAUGUUUGAGAUCCUACAGUAACACCAGACACCCUACAAUAACACAGAGCCCCUGUAGUGCCCCUGACCCUACAAUAACAGUAGUGACCCUACAGUACACCCAGAUCCUACUGCCCUCACAGCCCUACAAUAACACCAGAGAUCGCACAAUAACACAGAGCCUGAGAGCCUGCAAUAACACACAGCCACUUUAGUGUCUGAAACCCUCCAAUAAACCCCAGUCCCUGUAGUGCCCCUGACCCUACAAUAACACCGGUGACCCUACAAUAACACCAGUGACCCUUCAAUAACACCAGAGACCCUUCAAUAACACACGGCCCCUGUAGUGCCCCUGGUCUUGCAAUAAUACCAGAGGUCCUACAGUAACAUCAGUGACCCCACAAUCACCCCCAGCGACCCGACAAUAACCCCAGUGCCCCGCAGCCCCACUCGUGUCCUCCGACGUCGCGGAAGCCUCGCGCGGGAUCUCUGAUGUUCCUCUGACGUCACGGCGCCGCCGCUGACGUCAGCGCGGCGCAGCGGGGGCGGGGCGAGGCCGGGGACCCCAGUAAAGGCUGUGAGCGGC